AUGUACCCGGAGGUUUUUGACUCAUUGCUAGCAAUGGUUGGACACAGGCUGGAGAAGUUUUCUUUGAGAACUGCUCUUAAUCCUCAGUUCCGACUAUUUCUAACAUUGGUGUACCUCGCUCAUGGACCAGAUUGUCCGUUUCUUUCUCUAAGUUUUAAAAUAGGAGAAAGCACUUCUAGGUCAAUAGUUUAUGAAGUUUGUGAGGUUUUAUGGGAUGAGUUGAAGGAUAAAUUGCUGCCAGAAUUGACCAUAGGCGACUGGUCUAGGAAUGCUGAGGAUUUUUUCGAGCUUUGGGAUUUACCUAAUUGCUGUGGUGCUGUCGACGGAAAGCAUGUGAACAUAGAGUGUCCCCCACGUGCUGGUUCUCUAUUUUUUAAUUACAAAGGGAACCACAGUAUUAACUUGAUGGGCAUAUGCGAUGCCAAAUACAAAUUUAUUGUCGUAGAUGUGGGUGCCUAUGGGGGCAAUAGUGACGGAGGAGUUUUUGCCAACUCCGAAUUUGGUAAACGUUUGCUCAAUGGCUCUCUCAAUCUACCACCUGCAGCGCAAUUGCCAAAUUCCACCGUGAAGACUCCUCACUACGUAGUAGGAGAUGCUGCUUUUCCCCUAAAACCUUAUUUAGUGCGACCUUUUCCUGGUAAACUUCUUCCGCCGAUUCGAGAGAAUUUCAAUAUGCGACUCUCACGUGCCCGGCGUACUAUUGAAAACGCUUUCGGCAUUCUGGUUGCACGAUGGAGAAUUUUAAAAACGACUUUGCUUUAA